AUGGACAACGAUAGUUCCAGCGUUUGUCCUUGUUCUGCAACAUUCUAUCCAUUACAAUAUGCAGCUCUGGUGAACUUUCCACUGCGCCAUUCUCGUGUCCAUCAUCGCUUUCGAAUAAAAACUGCAGCAAAUCUCACAAAAUUUCACAACAAAAAAAAACAAAAACCAAUCAAUCAUAAAAAGAUGCCACAACAAUUCCUCAUUGUCCUCGAAAAAUGUGUCGAACAAGAUGACGGCAGCAAUGAAAUCUGGUCUCAAUUCAAGUGCAGCGACUCUGUUUUCGAAUAUGUUUUUGGAAUCGAAUAUCCAACAGGAACCACAGCUGGCGAAAGAAUUGCCAGAAUUCCAACCAGUGGCGCCAAUUUAGAUUUGUACGCUGGAAUUGAGAGAAUUUUCAAUAAGAAUGGACAAGUUGUCUCCAAACUUAAGGGAAUCAUGACAAAUGGUUCUUGGACUUUAUUCCAAUUGUUGAGUGAUAAGGGAUUCAAGUUGGCUGAACAACGUAAUUAUGAUGUUGUGCAAUUUUGUUCAACUCUUAAUGGAAGAAAGUUGGUUGAGAGAAUUUUUGUUAGAGAUUUGUAA